AUGGUCAAUGCCCAUGUGCCCAUCCUUGCCAGCUUCUUCUCUGGAGCUGACUUGAAGCCAGCCUUCAGGCUGUCCAGGGACAGCUUCAAGCUGCUGAUGCAGAUGCUGCCAGGUGAAAAAACUCACGGCUGGGGACGUGACAUAGAGGUGCUGGUGACUCUCUACUGGCUUGCCUGUGGAGCCUCUUACAGGGUCACUGCUGACGUCUUUUCAAUGCCCUUGGCCACAGUCUGCAGGAUUGUUCAUAACCUGGUGGAGGCAUUGAUGACGAUACUCCAUCGAGUCAUUCAUUUCCCAAAGCCAGAGGAAAUGGAGGAGGUGGGGGCUGGCUUUGUCUGCCUUGCUGGCCAUGAGGCAUUCCGGCAUGCGGCUGGUGCCAUCGACGGGUGUCACAUCCGAAUUGUUCCUCCUGCAGAGCCACAGAAAAAAUAUUAUUACAACAGAAAACUGUUCCCUUCCAUUCUUUUGCAAGGCAUCUGCAACGCAAAGGGCGCAUUUGUGGAUGUCUACAUUGGCAAUCCAGGAUCAGUGCACGAUGCACUUGUUCUUCGGAGAUCACCAAUGUACCGCCAGGCCCUGUAUCCUCCAGAUGGGUACUUUCUCCUUGGAGAUGGAGGAUAUCCAUGCCUGCACCAUCCUGUUGCUAUUAUGACUCCAUUCCGCCAGCCUAUAGCAAGCCAAGUUGAAGCCCGGUUCAACAGGCAUCAUGCCAGAGCGAGGAGCAUUAUAGAGCGCACCUUUGGCAUCCUGAAGACGCGCUGGCGCUCCAUCUUCCUGAGGGCCCUAGAGAUCCGACCUUUGUUCGUACCAAAGGUUGUUGCUGCCUGCUGCAUUCUGCACAAUAUAUGUGUGGCAGCAGGUGAUAUCCUGGAUCUGGAUGAAGAGGAGGAGGAAGAGGAAGUCCCGGUCCCCGAUGACAGUGAGGAUGAUGCAGACAAUGCUGACACUGAAGAGAGGGCGCUGUCAGGGAACGUUGUUCGCGGAAGGCUUGCCGCUCAAAUUUCUGCUCCAGAGGCACUGCCAGUAUUUCUGGGUGAACAUGACUACAUCUAA